AUGUUAGAAAAAAAGUUUGCUGACAUUGACAAAAAAUUUGAGAAUGUUUUAAACAAGAACAAGAGGAAGUUAGAAAAUGCUCAGAUAAAGCCUAUACAUGACAAGUUCUUAUUUGCUCAGAAUGGUAUAACAGGUCUAAUCGCACCACCUGGGUCGGGUAAGACUUUCACUUAUCUUAAAAUGGCUGCACAACAACAAGAACUAGAUGAGAAGAACCCAUUCUAUGAGUUAGUUGUCAUUUGUAGUACUUCUGGUCAAUUUGACCAAACCGUAAAUUCGUUCAAAGAUAUUAUAAAAAAGUCUAAGUUAGUAUGUAUAAAAGACUCUGAGUUGUUAGAUUGGAUAAAGAAGUACCAAAGAAGAGUUUUGAAGUACAAUGCUAUAAAUGAGUAUAUAAAUUCUAAGUUUAAAGACCCAAAUGAGGAAAUGCAGAGAAUAUUAGAGAAGAAACACUUCAGAAACAAACAGAAAGAGAUAGAAUACAUUUCGAAGAAAUUGCAAUCUUACGAUUGGAAGACUUACCCUCAUAG